AGCCAGGCUGAGCUAAUUGAGGUGAUUGAGGAGAAGCAGGAAGCAGUUGAGAGGCGGGCUGAAGGGCUCAUUAAAGAGCUGGAGCAGGAAAUCACUGAGCUAAAGAGGAGAAGCACUGAGCUGAAGCAGCUCUCACAGACUGAGGACAACCUCCAACUUCUCCAGAGCUUUCUAUCCCUAGUGUGCACCCCUCCACCCACCAAGGACUGGUCUGAUGUCAGUGUUCACAGUGAUCUGUGUGUGGGGACUGUGAGGAGAGCUGUGUCUCAGCUGGAGGAGACACUGAAUAAAGAGAUGGAGAAGCUGCCUGACGUCAAACUGAAUAGGAUUCAGCAGUAUGCAGUGGAUGUGACUCUGGACCCUGAUACAGCACAUCCCUGGCUCAUCCUGUCUGAAGAUGGGAAACAAGUAAGAUAUGGAGACACACCACAGAAACUUUCUGACAAUCCAAAAAGGUUUGAUCGUUUUGCCAUUGUUCUUGGAAAGAAUGGCUUCUCCUCAGGGAGAUUUUAA